UCAAUUUUGGGAGGAAAUCGCUUUAUUCUGAAGGAGAUUUUACCGGAAGUAUUCUUGCUCCGCUAGGUACAGCAAAACCUAAAACUGUUGCUUCCGCAUUGCAUCCUUGUUUAUAGGUUUUAGAGAAAACGGUGGAGAAAAGGAAACUGCGAGAACUCUAUAACAAAUUUUCCGAGACCCUACCUACUUGAAGUUCUCAUACUGAGAAACUAACAAAUAGUAAAUCAGGAUCUAAGAGUUCACAACAAACAAGUGUGAGUCCAGUUUGUGGUCUGAAUGGCAACAGCUGCAGAGGAGUCUCCAGGGCUUCAGGGCCACACCAGCAACCGCAGAGUCAGUUCUGGAGGAGACUCUCUUCUCUCAGAGGUUUCACUGGGACUCGAAAAAAUGUUUCUCCAGAGAGUCCAAGCAUGUCUCAGACCAUGAAAAAAACUAUUGGCCAUCGUGGAACGGAUCCCACUGGGGAGACAACUUAUAAGAAGACAACUUCAUCUGCCCUGAAAGGUGCUAUCCAGUUAGGUAUCACACACACGGUGGGAAGCUUAAGCAGUAAACCCGAGAGAGACGUGCUGUUGCAGGAUUUUGAAGAAGUGGAAAGCAUCUUCUUCCCCAAUGAGGGCAGCAACCUGACACCAGCUCACCACUAUGGAGACUUCAGGUUCAAGACAUAUGCUCCACUCGCCUUUCGCUACUUCAGGGAGAUGUUUGGCAUCCAGCCUGGUGACUACAUGUAUUCUCUGUGUAAGGAUCCACUCAUCGAGCUGUCAAACUCCGGGGCCAGUGGAUCUCUCUUCUAUGUUUCUAGUGAUGAUGAGUACAUUAUUAAAACAGUGCAGCACAAAGAGGCAGAAUUUCUACAGAAACUGCUUCCUGGAUACUUCAUGAACCUGAACCAGAACAAGCGGACCCUGUUACCAAAGUUUUAUGGACUCUACUGCGUGCAGGCAGGGGGUAAAAACAUCCGUAUUUUAGUCAUGAACAAUCUGCUCCCGAGUGCUGUACAAAUGCACCUGAAGUAUGAUCUAAAGGGCUCCACCUAUAAGAGACGGGCCUCAGUUAAAGAGAGGGAAAAGGCUGUGCCCACAUACAAGGACCUGGAUCUCAUGCAGGACAUGCCUGAAGGGGUGUUAUUGGAGGGGGACAAGCACAAUGCUGUUUGCAAGACCAUCCAGAGAGACUGUCGGGUCUUAGAAAGUUUUAAGAUUAUGGACUACAGCCUUCUGAUGGGAAUCCACAAUGUAGAUCAGGCUUGUAGAGAGCAGGUCAGUGAAGAGGUGGUUGCAGGAGCUGUGGACCAGAAAAAGCCACAUGGCCAGAAGUCCCUGUACAGCACUGCUAUAGAGGCCAUUCAGGCAGAGACAGACAGAAUGGGAUCACUGGACGACAAAACAGGAGGAAUCCCGGCACGAAACUCGAAAGGCGAGAGGCUGCUGUUGUACAUUGGUAUCAUUGACAUUCUGCAGUCCUAUAGAUUUAUAAAGAAGCUUGAACAUUCGUGGAAAGCUUUAGUUCAUGAUGGGGACACUGUAUCGGUACACAGACCAAGUUUCUAUUCAGAGCGAUUUCAGAAGUUCAUGUGCAAUACAGUCUUCAGGAAGAGCACAUUAAAGCCCUCCCCAUCUAAGAAACGCCGUGCAGCUAACCACGGUAUUUUGAAAAAGAUAGCUGGCACUGGGCCUCUUCUGUUGACCCCAACCAGCAGCAACAACCAGCAACAUCAAGUCAGUUCUGAGACCAGAGAAGACACUGAAGGAGAAAAUGUCGGGCAGUUAGGUCGUCCUGACUUCCUUUUAGAGACCUUACUACGCAGAAGCACUGAUCGUAAAACUGCUGAAACCUCCUCCAUGAACUCCUCCUCCUUGGGAACCCCUGCAUUUGCUCCUACAAGCCAGCCUCCAUCUCACUUUAAGGACAGCCAGAGGUCUGUGGGAACGGAUUUAAACAACACAUUGAGCUAUGAUCAGGAUCACAGCACCUCCCAGGGAACACAGUUUGGGACUUCUGAAGAAGGCUUGGAGACUGAGGAUAUGUUCUCACUCAGUGACAUAACUCCUAAUACAAGCAAAUGUUCUGUGUGAAAAGAAUGGGACUCAAAUGAAUGAGCUCAGAGGAUGGUAUGAGCGGGGUUGAAAUAUUAAAGUUAUAUUGUAUUUCAGCAAGACUGAGUAAGUUAUUAAGUGUUUUUUGUUGUUCUUUUUGCACGUUGAUUUUCAAAUCUCAAAGGGGUUUGAUUGUAAAUGGGUGGUUGCGUUCAGACCCUAGUAACUGUGGGUACAUGAAUGCUGUGGUUAUUGAACACUAUUAGUCAUCUCAAAUGAAUGCUUGCAGUCACAACUACAGAUUGUUUUUGGCACUGAUGUGCUCAACUAAGCCAGCAGUCUGUGAUGAGUGUAACUUGAGGACUUUGCCAUAGCAAAGCAAAAUGUUUUCAUUGAAGCAAAGUUAUUUCAUAUUCAUUGUCUCCUUUUUUUGUUUACCAAAAUGCUGUAGCACAUCCUCAUGCACACUUGGCUCUGCAAAUGUGUAGUAUCUAGAGUGCUGUUGCUGCUACACAUUUGACUGAGAUGCUUUAUAUUAUAUUACUUGGAUUGGAUUUGUUUUUUUUUUUAAGAAAUUACAGUUUUCCUACAUGACAAGCUGCAGCUUUUUAAGCCUACUCUAAAUACAAACACUGCUAGAAAAAGACGCUCUAAUGAACCAGUACUACUGCAGAGACUGUGAAUCCCAAAUACCCUCAUGUUCAGGUCAAAGUGUUAUUUUAAAAGGAUUUUUUAAAAAAUACUUAUACACUGUAUGAUCUGAUAUCAGAUUUAGGUUUAGAGUGAAAGUUGGCUUAUAACCAAAUGUGAUACUCAGUUGUGGGCAAAGCACCACAGCAAACCUGGGGCCUGUCUCAUGAAUUCAGUGAGUUAGUCAUCAAAGUAUGUAGUUAACCGUGUCUUUUCAAUGUCACAGGGAGACCCAGACUUUCAGUUAUUACUAUGGUAACUAAUGUCCCUGACCAAAACUGCAGUUUCCCCGUGGAGAUAAGCAUUUUCAGCCUAUCUCUUAUCAAAUUCACUUUUUUAUUUGAAUAACAAAGAUGUGUGAGCUUUGUGAGACAAGUUAUUCAGAAUUGCCAGUGUUAAGUGUAGUGAAGCUGAUAAAAAGACAUUUUUGAGACAGGCCCCAGCUGUAGUAUAGUUCCUAUAUUUUUAUGAGAAAACAUGAUGUUGGCUACCUGGUGUGUGGAGGUCACCGUUUGUCUACUUUUUGUUAACUAAAACUUGUAGAUGUUGUAUCAGAGGCUUCACUGUAGUUGGAUUUAGCUCUCAGAAUGGGUAUUUAGUGUUUUACUUUGAUGUUAUCAUUGGUUAUCUUUAGCUUGCCAAGUGUAACUGAAUUGUUAGAUAUUUAAAAAUGCAGAAAUGUAUUAGACUACAUUUUCAGUACACCAGCAUACAAGAUCUGUGAUUUGAGAGAUACUUAAAAUAUGCAACAAAAUUCUUUGGUUACACAUAUGCAUAUGUGUGAAUGAAUGGACUGUGCAGUACAUAAAGUGAGUCAACAAUUUUCCAGCCAAGAUAUGAUGAAUGAGCAUCAUUUAGGCAUAAUAUUUAGAGGUUAUUUUAUUCUGUUGACUGUUCAAACUAUCAGACAAUGAUCUGUCCGAAUAUUAAAAGUGAUGCUACCUUAUUGUGACAACUCCAAAGCAGUUACACACACACACACAGCCUGUGGACCAAACAUGUAAAUAGUCAUAUUUAUUAAAAUAUUUAUUACCGUUUGUAUUUUCAAAAUGAUUGUUAAUGAAUUGAAAGUGUGCCUUUCCUUUGCACAACAAAUCUUUGUCUAAGUGUAAGAACUUCAGAUGAUUUUGGUUGUUAGGUUAUCAUAACAACUGUUAAAUCAUCCUUUAUUUUUGUGUAUAAUUUUUCUUCAUUUGCUUCUGAACUGUAUGAGAGCACAUCUGUAUUCAGUGACUUUUCACUGAAUAUUUACUGGGUUUUUCUCUCUUUUGGGGAUUUCAUAAUUUUGUACCCAAAGUUAUUAAAGAAAAAAAAUGUUGCAUUUGCUUUUUACUUUUUAUGUGUUUGGUGAUAGGGCAAUACAUGCUGUUACACAAUUUUAAUUUGUUAACCAUCAGGCAUUUUUACUGCUACUAAUGU